CCACUUUAAUAGGAUAGGUAGGCAUUAGAGGUAAGACAUUCCCGACAUUCAGGUUCUGCCAAAUCCAGUAUGCCAAAUCCACUGUGUGGCACACUGGACGGUACACAGUGGUCGGUGGAGAUAACUGGACUUUUUUCAGCACUUUCUGGGGAAUUGAAUAAGACAAAGCACAGCAUCGUCCCUCGUCGCCUCGUCGCUCUCCUUCCCCUAUUCCCUCGGUGAGACCCGGAGCCCCCUCGCUGCAACCAUGGUGGUGAUGAAGAUGAAGUUCCCCUUUGCGAAAAGGGUGAAGCUGGCCCAGGGACUGUGGCUCCUCUCCUGGAGUGCCACAGUGGCCGGGGCCAUGACCUUCACCCUGGGGUGCCUGCUUAAGACGGAGCUCCGCAGACGAGCAGAGGUAAUGGAUAAUGGAGACAUUCAUGUUGUGCCCAACACCCUGAUGAUAGUUGGUCUGGCCUCCUUGGGGAUCAACUACUUUGCUUCAAAGAUCUGUCAAGAUGCCCUGGACGCCGGGCGAUUCCCUCGCUGGAAGAACUUCUUGAAGCCCUACUUCGCCAUCUCCUGUUUCUUCACUGUCCUCAUGCUGCUAGCCGUCAUCAUGAGCUACGCAAUGAAGGGCAGCCUGGAGUCUUCCCUGAAGGGCGGCCUGAAGAACGGCAUCCGCUUCUACAAGGACACAGACACCCCGGGCCGCUGCUUCCAGAAGCAGAACAUCGAUCGGCUGCAGAUGGAGUUUCAGUGUUGUGGAAACAGUGACUUCAAGGACUGGUUCGAGGUCCAGUGGAUCAGCAACCGCUACCUGGAUUUCAGUUCUAAGGAAGUGAAAGACCGCAUCAAGAGCAACGUGGAUGGCCGUUACUUGGUAGACGGUGUCCCGUUCAGUUGCUGCAACCCCAGCUCUCCGCGGCCGUGCAUCCAGUAUCAGCUCACCAACGACUCGGCUCACUACAACUAUGAAUACCAGACAGAGGAGCUGAACAUCUACCUCCGAGGCUGCAGAGAGGCCCUGGUCAACUACUAUAUGGGUCUGAUGAACACCAUUGGGGCUGGAGUGCUGUCAGUCUUUAUCUUACAGGCUUCUGUGCUGGUGAGCUUGCGGUUCCUGCAGACCGCCAUGGAGGCAGUGGCGGGGAAGGAAAACACCGAGAUUGAGACAGAAGGCUACCUGCUGGAGAAAAGCGUGAAAGACACCUUCAUGGAGUUCAUGAACCCCGUGCUGAAGUUCUUCCUGUUCACAAACCAGGUGGAAGAGGGCACUACUGCAGCAGAAGGGACCCCCGCGGCCACGGCCUGAACCACACAUGACGCACACACACAUGUAAAUAAUUUUUACACAGAGAGGGCGAUCAACGAUUUAGGUCUAGUAUUUUUUAUUAUCAGAUGAUCAUCACUGGUAAACAUUUACUAUCUCACUAUACUUGCCCAUUCAUAUUUCACACACUGUAUUAUACCAGAGAAGACCCGCCCACAGAAGUUAGUGUAAACCCAUGAUUUCUUCUGCUCCUAAAAAUGGAUAAAUCACUGAGCACAUUCUCUAUCUUUUAUUAUUUCUUAUUUUUAUAAUAAUAAACCCUUUUAUUGUUACAUUUGUUUCACAAAUACAAAAAUCCCUUCACUGUUUUAAUCGUCAUAUGCAUUGCUAAUUUCACUACUGCAAUGCUUUUCUAUGUAUAUUCAAUUAAAAUAGAAUGAACAAAAAGAAGGAUGUAAAGCUGAAUUGUAGAGAGACUUGAGGCACAAUUCUCUGCGGUGCAACAGGAUAAUGACAUAUAAUGAUAGGUUAUUUUUUAAGUUUGAAGAUACCAAUUAGCUGAUGCAGUGGAGUAACUUAUUUCAACUCUUUUCUAUUGUCAAUAAAAUGCAUGCAUAUGAUAUUCCAUAUGUCACUCUCCAUAACCAGGGCUCUAAGGUGCAACUUUCUCACUGCCUGAAUAGGAUUAAGAGGAUUGAUGUAUCAGUGUCGAUAAUGCGAUGAAAGCCAUCAAGUGUGUCCUCUGUUCUCUCACCUUUGUUAAAGCUGUUAAUCCUGUUUAUUAAUAGGCCACUCAGCCUGAUGCCAUGGCAGUUAUCCACCUGCGUCAGGUGGAUGUAAGAUGCAGGUGCAGGCUGUUUCUGAGGCUUGUUUCAUUACGACAACUGAUUUUGCCACACAAAAGAAAAGAAACUGAACUCCAUUUUGCACUUUUCCCCUUAUUUUUUCCCCCCAGUGGUUAAUUAGGCGUAAUUAUAAAAGAAUUCUGCAGUCUUUUUAUUUCCAGAAAAAAUCAAUUGUUCCUUCUCUGGAAUCUAUUUGUUAUAUCAACCCAUGGGAAAAGCUUUAUUAAAAGCCCUUUUAAAAUCAA